AUCAGUGAUGUAUGUUUUGACUUUUGAGUCUUAUGAUUAAAAACCACGCUGUUGUUAUUUUUCAACUGAAAAUUAUAUUCAUAAAUUAUUUAGAAGUUUAAGAAACAUUUUUACUUACUAAAUAAAGUGGAAAGGAAUAUCUUUAAAAAUGUAUUUGCGAUACUUUUUAAAUGAGAAUGGUGACCGCCAGUACACGUUAGCCACAAUUGAUCCCAGUGGAAAGCCAACCUUAUCAGCACAUCCAGCUCGCUUUUCCCCAGAAGAUAAAUAUUCAAGACAAAGAAUAACUAUCAAAAAACGAUUUGGUUUGCUAUUGACCCAACAACCUGAACCAAUACGAUAAAUACUUAAAACUAAUUACAACUUAUUUUAAGGAAUAAAUGCAUUAUAUAUAAGUA